AAUAUCAGCCAAAACGAGAACACCGGCGACAGAUAUGGCGUCGUCAAAGGGAGGAAACAGCACCGGGCACAUCAAUACUCUUCACCAGCGUCUUUACCACGCUCUCAAUCUCGGCUUCAGGGUAUGUGAUGAGAAGGGGAAGAAGUGGAAGUGUACUGAUAUCGAGAUACAGAGACAUGUCGUGAAGUCAAUUUCAGCUUUCCUUGAUUGUUUUUCUCGAGCAACAUCUAACAAUCGUCUUAAGGAGUCCAUUUCUGAUAUAGCAGGGGCGUUGGUGUUUAUUCUUGGGUGUAAGAACAGAGCAGUGGUGGGUUUAGCAGCCAAUGUAGUUAUUAGGUUGAUUCGUAUUGUUCCUCCUUCUAUCUUGCAAUCAUAUUCUUUGGAUCUCGUUGAGUCUUUGUCACCUCUCUUACGUUGUCAACAACUUGAAGUUUGCCUUCCCUGUGCUGUUGCUUUGAAUGCUAUUCUUAUUAACCUACGAGAGACCAAGGAGAAGGAAGUGUGGAAGAUUUUUGAAGGCGCGGAAACUGUGGUUUCCGUUGUUGCUAAUCUUCAGAACUUUUCUGAAGGGAGUAUGUCAGUGGAGUGGUUUCAAGAGAUGGCUUCGCUUUUGAGUACGAUAAUGUUGAAGUGGCCUCAGUCUAGGUAUUCUGUUUGGCACAACCCUGCUUUGAUGAGUGUUUUGGAGAGUGUUAGUCAGAAGCCUGAUUUGGGUUUGAGAGUUGCAACUUUGAAGCUGUAUUCUUCUCUAGCUCUUUGUGGCCAUGGCGCUAAUGAACUUAUAGACAACGGAAAGCCUAUGUUAGAUCUGAUGAUUAGCUGCAUGGAGGAAUCAAGCCCUCAAAAUGCUCGAAUUGAAGGGUUUAAGCUAGCACAAAGGCUUGCGACAGGUAACCAAGAGUGCUUGAAGAUGAUAGACAUAUGUUCUGAGUCCCUAGUAAAGGCUACCGUUCAGACUAUGGGUAAGUGGUCCUUGAGCUCAGGAAAGCUUUCUUAUGACCAGAAGUCUUUGCUUGUGGAGGCUUGUAAGCUGGCUCUAAUCACUCGUUGGGAAGGAAAACAUCAUUUUUAUUUCUGGAAGUAUCGGAUCUCUGAAGCGCUUCUUAGUCUUGUUGUGGAGAAUUUUCGUAGUCAAUCCUUGGAUGGUAGUGUGUCUCUGGAAGAAGAAAUUUCACUUGCUGAGAAGGUACUGAAUGCGAAAUUUCUACCUAGUCUGAGGUCAUAUGUUUGGGAUAUAAUUGGAUUCUUGGCAGCUCACUGUCAGGAAGAGUUCGAUUCCAUUUUGCAUGAGGAUGAACUCUGCCUCAACUUUCUUAUCACAUGUGCAUGCUUGACUCUUUCAAGGUCAGUUCAGAAAGGCUAUCAAAUAUGUCAAACUGAUAUUAUCAGCGCCUCCCAUAGCGAGUCAGCAUCAAGAGCAGUGCUAAUGAUGAUAAAUUCCCCCUCCAAAUACAUAUCAUCGAGGGCCAGAGUUACCUUGUCAUUUAUCCUAGAGGAAGGUGGUAAGGAAAAUUUGAAUUACCUUAUGAAGUUCAUGGGUUAUAUUCCAUCCUCUGGAGGUUACAUACUGCCAAAUAUACUCCAAACGACCGUCUGUUUGGUGGGCUAUGCAUGCUAUUCAUCGAUCCCUCAAUAUGCGAGUUUCAUUUUAAGAAACCAGGGUUUGGAGAUACUAUUAUCUUUCUGUAGCUGGUAUCAACGGAAUUGGGAAAAUGUUGGAGCAUCAAGUUUUGCGCCUUCUCCCCAGAGCACCUCUGAAAAGAGGAUAUGUUGCUGGGUAUGUACGGAAGAUUGGGAAAACAAGGAUGCUUUUCUUCUAUACGCUCUCUUGGCUUUGACCGAGUUGGUGAAUCAUUCAUUCUCUGGACAGUAUCACGCUGAAGAUCUUUCAAUGAAGAGUGAAAAUUUAAAAGAUCGGUUAUGCACAACACUCAAGGAAAUCCGAGAUGGAGAUUAUGGCUCUGGUCCAAAGUGGUAUGCUGCACACAUCCUAAGCUAUCUUGGAUACUUUGGCUUCCAACAUAACUUGGGGAAAAGACUCAUGGGAGCUUAUGAAGAUGAGGAAUGUAGCGAUAUGCGACUCCUUUUUGCUAGUGGGAAUAGUGUGAGUGUACACAAAGUUAUUAUCGCUGUCAGGUGUCCAAUGUUGCUGCCUCCCAAGGAAAGAGCUCACAAUGGCUCGACUAUAUUAACUGAGAAAUCUCAGAGAACCGUUCAAGAAAUCCGCAUGUCUGUCAAUGUGGAUACUUUGGCGCUUGUUAAACUAUUGGAAUUUGCUUACUCUGGGUAUGUGGAAGUAGAAAGCACGUUGCUGAAAAAGCUGAAAACUUUGGUUAGACAUUGUAAGGCGAAGGUUCUGCUGCAGAUGCUUUGCAGAAGAAGACCCAAGUGGGGAUCUUUAAUACCCGGAAUUGAUAUAACCCUUGCACUCGCUCCUAAACUCAUCCAUUUCUCAGAUGUGAUAUUAGUACCUAAAGAAACAAACGUGGCUGGCUUCAACUGCCGUAUGUGCUCCUCAACAUCUCCUCAUGCCCACUCUCACCGAGUUAUACUGUCGUCAGGCUGUGAAUACCUACGUGCCUUGUUCCGGUCCGGGAUGCAGGAGAGCCAUACGGAUAGACUAAACGUUCCUGUGAGCUGGUUGGGGUUAACAAAGCUCGUGAGUUGGUUCUACUCUGAUGAGUUGCCAAACCCUCCUUCGGGUUGCAAGUGGAACAACAUGGACAACGAGGCAAAACUGGAUGAGCUUCAAGCUUAUGUGGAGAUAUACUCGCUUUCUGAAUGGUGGAUUAUGGAAGAUCUUCAAAACGAUUGUGCUCACGUGAUUCUCUCUUGCUUGGAAUCCGCUAGAGAGUUAUCUAUCAAAACAAUCGAAUUAGCUGCAAGUUUCUCGAUGUGGAAACUGGUGGAAGCGGCUGCUAAUCAUGCAGCUCCUAUUUAUCAUCAGCUUCGUGACUCAGGUGAGCUCGAUGAGCUCGACGACGAGCUGGUUAACUUGAUUCGAACAGCUGCUGUUCAGUUUUCUCAACAGGGUAGUUAAAUCAAUAGAAACAAAAAGCUGGAACUGAGAGUCUUUUUGGUCCUGUCUGAUAUCCUUGCAUCAUCGACCAUGUAAAGGAUCCGGGAUGGUAUAGUUAUAAUGAUUUUUUAGAUAUGGAGCAAUAUGUUGUGGGAGAAUGGGACUUUGUCAAAGAAGUUUCUAUUCUAUAGUAGAUUAAAAAAAACAAGACAUCGAAAUUUUUGUAAGCUAAACAAGGUAAUGUACAAAGUAUAAGCUAUAGAUGGUUAAUGUUUGAACCA